GCAGACUAUGCAUGCAGAGGGCCGGCCUGCAGGGACGGGCACGGGUGACGUGGGAAUGUGAAAAAACAUCUGCGUCAGGAACUGAUACCAAUCUGACAGUGAUCUAGGCGUGUUGCCAUGACGGGCUACAAGGGGCAGUUAGUUUGUGUCGUCACAGGAACGCUUCUGGUGAUAACGGGUGCUGUUCUUAUACCAGUCGUUUGGAAUGCCGUCAAACAUUCACUAAUGACAAAGAUCAUGGUAUUGGAGCCUUCAUCCAUGAUCUACAGCAUUUGGGAGGAGCCACCUUUCAUCAUCUACUGGAGAUUUUACUUUUUCGACGUGGAAAAUGCGGAGGAAGUUGUGAAGGGUGCCAAACCAAGCGUGGUCCAGAGAGGGCCCUAUGUCUACAGGUUAGAAAUGGAACGACAAAACCUGACAGUGAACAGCAACAGUACAAUCUCUAACAAGCCUGUCUAUAGCUACUUCUUUGAGCCUGAUAUGUCAGUUGGGUUGGAAUCGGACUCCUUCACUGCCGUCAAUGUGCCUUAUGCUACUGCCACUCAUUUGCUAGACUGGCUACCCUAUGACAUCAAGAUAGCACUUUCCCUCGUUCUAGAUGAAAUGCAUGAGCAUCUGUUCAAAGAGUUGACGGUUAAGGAGCUUCUGUGGGGAUACGAAGACGAGGUGUUGAAGAUACUCAGCAAGUUCAUCAAAAUUCCAGGAAUGCCGAAUGGUGAAUUUGGAUUUCUUGUUGACCAAAACGGAAGUGCCCACGACGAUUUCACAGUGUUCUCAGGAAAAGAUGUGCGUUCUAGGAUCAACCUAAUUGAGCGAUGGAACGGGAACAACAAGUUAUCCUGGUGGCUAACCCCCGAAGCCAAUAUGAUCAAUGGCACAGAUGGUGUGAUGUUUCAUUCAUUUGUUACGGAGAAAGAUACCUUGUAUUUGUUCCAGCCAAAUUUGUGCAGAUCCAUGCCCUAUGUCUUUGACCGAGCCAAAACCAUCCGAGGUGUUCCUGUAUCUAGUUUCUACCUCCCACCCAACGUUUAUCAGAACGGAAGUGUGUACCCGCCUAAUGCCGGCUUCUGUGAUGUGAAGACAGAAGAUUGUGGACCAACGGGUCAAAUGAGGGUGGAUAAAUGCAGAUUCGGUGUUCCAACUUCCAUAUCCAACCCACAUUUCCUGUAUGGUGACAGGUCAUUAAUUGAUGGCGUUAAUGGGCUAGCACCAGAUCCUAACGAGCAUAAGAAUUAUCUCUCUGUGCAACCUAUAUUGGGGGUAACCUUUGAACUCAAGUUCCGUCUCCAGCUGAACCUGUACUUAGAAAAAGUAGCCGGAUUUAGCGAUAUAGAGAAGAUAAUUCCAGUGUACUUCCCAAUGCUUUGGUUUGAACAGUCCUUUGAAGCUAACGAUUGGAUGGUGAACACCUAUAACAGUAAAGUGGGUGUGCCGACGCUAGUCUGCCAGAUUGCUGAGUAUGCUUUGAUGGGCCUUGGUGUUGCUAUUAUGCUUCUCUCUCUGGUGGUCAUUGUGAGGAAAUACAGGAGGAAGCGUAGUGAUGAGACUGAGCCACUGCUUUCAGAUGCAAACCCCAGCACCAACUACACGGCUGAAGAAGAUACCAGCAAUCAUAGCACGAACUACAUGCCCGAAGGAGAAGAUGCUGAGAUCCUGCCAACCAACCAUCAAGAACUUGCUCCUGUUAUCUAGAUGCCAAUAAUCUGGCGUUUAAACAAUCCUGGGCCCAAUCUUGGUCAUAGAGUUCAAAUCCAUAAAAUGGAUUUCUUUCUGGAAAACACAUAUGAGGCGUUUCUGGCCAAAUGAGACGCAACUGGGCACAGGCCGUAAUGGAGAAAUAUGCCAUAAAAUGUCUACUGCACAUCUUUUAAAGAAACAGUAUAAAAAUCAUGGAAUAAAAGUGUUUAAAAGAAAAACAAUUGUCAACUUUAAUUUUAGACUACAAAACUCGAAACCUCAAAGGCCUUUUCCUCUGUAUUUUACUUGUUUGACAUGUUGAUAAAUGUCAUCGGAAUGUCCGAUUGAAGCAUAAAAACAUUAUUGUAAGGAGAAUUGCAUUCUCUUUCUUGUACCCACAAACCCUCAUUUCAACCUCUGCCCGGUUUUUUCCCUUCGUUUUGCCAGAAUGCCUAUUGUAUAUUUUGAAAGUAAAAACAAUCUGCGUUCACUUUGGUCUUCCAAACACAUUGCUUUUGUUAUAAAAAUAUAUAUAUGCCGGAAGAGUAAUAUGCAUUACAAGUGUUUGAAUAGAGCCUUUGCAUAGAGAACCCUUAUUGGGGGCAUGUCUUUGUUCUCCAUUACUACGCAUGGGUAGACAAUUUGUUCUUCCAUUGUCAACAAAUUUUGAAAUCAAAACCUGUUCACAUUGAGUGCGCACUGUGCAAGGUAUCUAAUAUUAAAGAGUGUGCCAAAUUCAAAAUAUCAUCAUCAUCAUGUUGGGGUCGCCUGGGUUGUGACGACAUCACGAGCCAGUCCCUGAGUCCUCUUCCUCCAGCUGUCUCGAUCUACUAUGCAGGUGCGCAGCUCCUCUGCAGAUGUGAGAUCAGUGUCCCUCUUGAGCUGGUCCACAAAGGUCAGACUUCUUCUCCCUCUUAAGGCAGUGCCCUGGGUGGGCUCCCACAGUAUGGUUGGGUGGGCAGCAAGCUCAUGGUGGCGGACGCAGUGGCCAGCAAGAUUAAGACGACGCUGUCUGAUCUUGUGAGUCACUCUCUGCAUGCCGUUGUAGAGGUCAUCAUUCCUCAUACAAUCCUGCCACGAUACGUUGAGGGCUAUACGUAGCAUGCGAGUGUAGCAUCCAUCCAGUGACUUCUCCUUGGUUGUGAGGGUCCACGUCUCUGCACCAUAGAGUAGGACGGACUCAAUCAUGAUAUGAAAUCAAAAUAUGAAAUUGAUUAAAUCUGUCACUUUUUGGUUGGCUGAUAGUUUUGUUUCAUGACUCAUUGGAAAAGCUUGGAUAAUGCUAGAAAAAAGUAGCAAAAUAGCAAAAAAUGUACACUGCUAUAAGCAAAAUUGUUUCCAUGGAAGAUCCACUUAGUGAACCUUUGGACGUACGUCACAAGUAAUUUACUUAUUUCUAUAUCAUUUGUAAAAUCAUAUAUUUUCUCAGAUAAUUCACUUGUAUUUUUUAUACACUGCCGUGUGCGAUCAUAUAAUGAUCACUAUUUAGCUUUUUUGAUCAUGUUGAUUGGUAAAUUCUCAGUUACUCUUAAAAGCGUUUCAAGCUUACAUUGUGCAGUACAUGUAAUUUAGAUGUCUUUUUUUAAGUGAAAUAUAUAUCACCAUAUAUAAUUUUUUUUGUGAUUUAAGAUUGAUUUUACGGGUUGCGCCAUGUGACAAAUCUCUUUUGUGAGUUUGCGAGGUUCCAAACGUUUUGGACAGUAUAUGCUCUGGCCAUUGUCAGGAGACUCAGGAAUUCCAACAGGUGGUUAUUGUCAAAUAAAUUUUCAUAAAUUUGUUUUUUACCUUUUUAUAAUCCAGGUUACCAACAUUUUGUCGUGUCCAUGCAACAAGGUUGCAUCUCUUAAAAUGGGCCAAACGUCAAACGCAAACUUAGAAUGUCAAAAGGUUGCGUCUCACUUAAAAUAACCCGGAUGUACACACAAAGUCAAUGGACACCAAAAUACGACCUUGUUGCAUGGAGCGUAUUCGGGUGAGAUACGACUUUGUUGUAGAAUGGAGUUACGACCUUGUUGCACUGACCCGACGAUUUGUUUAGUGCAAUUAGAAUAACGUUGUGGGGAACUGAACAGUUUUGCAAUUUUGCCUGGUUUUGGCGGGUUUGGGAAUCACGUAUUGUUCGCUACUCCAGAUUUACUUCAGUGACUUAAAAUUGCUUGUGGGUCAUUGAGACGCGACUGUAUAAGAUUGUGUAAUUCAGGACGCAUUCUUGAACCCUAAUUCCCUAAAGUCCCUAGCAUGAUGUACUAGGAACCAUAUGAUGUACUAGGAACCAUAUGAUAUACUAGGAACCAUACCCAUCCUGGCGAAUUCCAAACUGCACACACAUAUUUCUGACUUUGUUUCUGGAGGUGUGCCAACCCAAUGUAAAAGACUGUCAGUUUAGGGGUACUGUACCCAUCCUGACAGAUGCUGUUGGGGCUUGGUGGGUUGAGUUCUGUUAGUUAAUGACUUCUUUCUCCAAGAGCGAUUAUGAAUUAAAGCAAAGUACCUGCCAAAAAAAUACAGAAAUAGUGUGAAGUCAACUCUAAUGAUACUUGCAUGGCAAAUUACACAGGUCAGGUGUAACAUGGACACAAAAAAGGUCACACUUUUGGACCCCAAAUGUACGGAAUGACUCCUGUCUUGGUGACUUGUCUGAUUUAAGGGCAAAAAGGCUAAAUAUAUUCCACAUUUGCAACUAAAUGCACACAUGCUGGCAACAAGAAUCAGUGAUACACUAAAGUUUCUUAUUUACUCGAUCAAGUGUUUAACAUAAGGUUUAAUGGUGAAUGGAAAACAAGAAAUUGUUCUUUCAUAAAUUUUUGACACUUUUGAGUUUUGUGCAGUACUAAAACAAAAAACAAACCAGCGUUCAAAUUCCAAAAAUGUUUAAUGGAAAAAAAAUAUCAUAGAAUUCUUCAAAACUUUAUAAACUUUGGCCAUUGGUGGCUUUAUAAGGACUUUGAGUUUUGACAACAUACGGCUAGAGAGAGAAGAAGUCUCUCCAGGCAUUGUCACAUCCUGACAUUUUGUUCUUUUUCUCUUUUUUGGCAGAAUAUUUUUACAGAAUUAGAUUCAGUUUUUAAAUGGAUGUUGCUGUAACUGAUGACUGAAUAAAUAUAUGUUCUAAAAGAUCGGGUCUUUACAUGAAUGAUUGGAAUGCAAUAACUUAAUAUUUUCAAAUUAAUGAAAAUUAUGAGAAAGUCUGAAUUUAUGUACUUUGUAUUUUAUUUGAAUAAUCAUUUAUGAAGAGUUAUUUUUGAGAUUUUGUAUUAGUUUUGUAUUGACUUUCAGGGACUUUGUAUUGAUGGAAAAAAGCCAGUUGAAUUUUUUUAAAUUUUCACUGAUAGAAAAUAAAGAUUUUUUGUGUGAAAUUGA